AAUGUUAAAUGCCCUAGUAACCUUUGACUUUUUGGUUUAUUACACACACACACUUUUCAUAGAAAUCCCAUUGGAAAUAGUAAAAUUGUAAAAAAUAAAUUGUUUUGUAAAUACUUUAUACAACUUUUGGAAUGGAUUAUAUUGAGUCAACCUUGCUGCCCUUUAUAAUGGAAUUGAUCAGUCGACAAGAUAAUAUGUGCACCACAGUGGAUGAACUGACGGAGGCCGUGAAAGACGCAGUGCUUGCUGAGCACAUACACCCUUUCGGAACCCUCGAGCUUGCCGUACGAUUUGCUUUGGAAGUGGGCUCCAACAUGGGGAUCCUUACAUUGAACGACGAAGUGGUCCCAGAACCGUUCAAUUUCAAUGCCAAGAAGCCAACUCCGAGAACGCGGUACACAGCCGCCCAAGGACGCAAAGCUGUGAAGAGAGUACAGGCCAAGUCGAGGGGCAAGCCGAAGCCCAAGGUCAAAGCUUGUGCCGGAAAGCGUCUGGGAAAGAAGCCUGUGGCUAAAAAGCAGGCAGUGUGCAAGGUCGGUCGAAAAGGAGCCGGACAAAUUCGAAAGGCCAAACCGAAGAAGCAAUGUUGAAAGAAUCGGUGUUCUUGAACCAAACAGCAUGGGGGCUCUCGGAAACUGGGUUAACCAUUCGAUGUCAGCUGCGAUGGCACACACUUGGACUAAUUACCAGGGCAUAGGCACAGAGAAAUAAAUACACCAAAUCAGCGGUGCACUUGUCCCUCUCCUGGACAACGUGA